AUGGCUGUUGGCGUCGAAGAUAUUGAGGUUGGCUUCGAAGAAGCAAUGUCGUGGCUGCCUUCCUAUGUUCUCGAUGAGGCAUUAGUGGAAACCGGAAAUAAGAACCAGGCAGCUGCUGAUGAUUCAGUAGAAAAGAUUGUGUUUAUUAUUGGUUUGCUGUUAAUUUUACAGGAUGAUGUGAAGUACCAUUAUCAUCACCAUCGUUCAAAGUUGCCUACUGAGCCCUUGCCACCGCACUCAAAGGCUAGCUCCAGAUGGCAUCACAAACCAAGAUAUUCGAGCAAGUGGGCUUCAGGAGGACCUGGAAUGCAGGCAUUUUUCCUACAUUCUGGCCAAAAAUCAUGUGGGACUGGUGUUUUCCUUCCUCAAAGGGCUGGCACGAAUUUUCAGUCAAGCAGAAGGCCAGCUUGCUCUCCUGUUCUCCUCCCUUUCCGGGUUGUUCAAGCUCUCAAACUCAAUGUUCAUGAAUUAGGCCUGCAAAUUUCUUCCCGACGAGAUCACAAAACCAACACUUCGAAAGGUGGAGAGUUGAGUUCAUUCAACAAUAAAAAUGAGAAGGAUCAUGUAUCGAUAAAACGUUGUGUUAUUUCCCAGAAUGAAAGUUCUUCGCCGGAGAUACUUCUUCCCAAGGAGUGGACUUACUAG